UUUCGGCAUCCCUACGGCAGUGACGCAUUAAAAGUGAAAAGCCAGGAAUCUACUCAUCACGGUCGCGAUUGCAAAGUACUUUUUUAUACAGCAAGCCCUAUCGAAAGUUAUUUGUGUUGUGUCUCGAAUACUCGCAAAGCGCAAGUAACCGGAUGACACUAAUAUCAUUAAGGCUUUUCAUUGCAUCACUUUCACACGAUUUUGCUUACGCUGUUGAAGAAUUUACGAAAUAUUUAGUAAUAUAAAGCAAAUAAUUAACGAAAACUCCCUCGCAAAGAAGUUGUUAACAAAAUGUGCGACGGUGUUGUGGAAAUUGACGGGUUCAUCGAGUAUGAGCUGACUAAGGAUUGCGACUCUGUGGAGGAAGAGACCUUUAUAUACGAAGAUGAAGACGGGGUGGAGGUGGAACAGCUGGAAGACAUUAUAAUAAAGCCAGAAUCGAUUAUAAUGGAGGUAAUCGAGGAAGAUGACACUGAACAGGGUUAUGAAGUGGCCGAGAGCCUUGUGGAAAUAGAGGAUGAGCCACUACCGGCCAAUGUAGAGCUGAUUAAAGAGGAAGACAUUGAAGAGAAGCCAGAGGUGGCACAUUCUCCUCCUAAUGAAGCACCUAAAGGCCCUAAACGUUACCUCCUCUUUGACGAACUUGUAGCCAACAUAGUCGACUAUGAUGUUGACGAGACUCCCAUUGUUGAAUUUUCCUUAUCGAACACUGAUACGGACGAAAAACUACCUGUCGAAUGUGGCAUUUGCCCCGAUGUGAUGCACAAAUCGAAACUCUCUGCCCAUUUAAAAACACAUCUUGUGCCCGGCACUAACCGCUAUGCCUGCAUCUAUUGUGACAAAUCAUACAAAGAUCACAGUUACUUGGCUGGUCAUUCUCGGCGUCACAUGGGCAUUCGGCCGUAUGUGUGCGAACCAUGCAAGCUAUACUUUUCAACCAAACAAGACUUACGUGUGCACAAUCAGCGGCGGCAUCAGGAAAAAGAACACAUUUGUGAGAUUUGCGGUAAAACUUUUUCACAAAACACGAUGUUGAAGCGGCAUCGCGAGUCUACGCACGAAAAGAUGAGACGCUUCCAAUGCGAACACUGUCCCAAAGCGUACUACAAGAAUUUCUCGCUUCAGGAGCACGUACGCAACGUGCAUAUGGGUAAUCGCCGAAUGUUGGUAUGCCCGUUUUGUGGCAUGCAAUGCCGUGAUGCACACAAGAUGGCGCGGCAUCGUAAGCUACUGCAUCUUAACCAAAAAUACUUUCAAUGCGAAAUUUGCCAAGAAGAGUUUACAGAUAUCAGCUACUUUGAUGCACAUAAACGUUCCAUACAGUGUCGAAAUAACACACAAAGAAAAUUGGAAGAAGAGCAAUUGUUACAGCAGCAUGCAGAGGAGGAGCAAUUGCUGUUAGAGCAACAGGAAGAGGACGAUCAACUUGAUGAAGAAAUAGAACAAAAGCAAAUACAUUUCGGAACACAUUCACAGGAUCAAUUGGAGUUGCAAACACAAGCAGAUGAUCUUUGUUAUGAAAUUACAGUAGUCAAUAGCGAUAAUUAAGUAUAGAAAAGCUGACACUCGGUAAAAAUUUUCAAUAAUUUCCAAAACUUAAUUACGCUAUUAAAAAUUGAUACGAAAGUAAUAUACUAUAUAUAU